CGUCGAUCGUCAUCCCCGCCAUCGUUAUGGAUCAGUCUUCCCCCGAAUAUGAUCUCGCUCCGGCGCCCUAUGGCCGCGCCUGCAUGAACUGCUCGCAGUCCAAGUGCAAAUGCAUUCUUCCCAAGGGAGGCGGCCGAUGCCAGAGGUGUCAGCGCUUGAACAAAGAAUGUCGUCCGUCGGCAUUUCAUCGACGACAGAACGUGCGCAAGAAUUUAUCAAAGUCAGGACGACUAGAGAGGAAGCUCGAUGAUUUGGUGUCGUUGCUGCGCGCACAGUCCUCGGCAGGCCUGUCUCCAGAUCAUGUCGAGUUGAUUGAGGACUUGCGACGAGAGCCCGAGGCCCAACAGACCCUUCCCCAGAUCCGGGUCGAGCGGACGGUCUCGUCGGCGGAGAGAGGUGUUGACUGUGCGUUUUUGGCUCAAUCUACUCAGACUCAGAGGGCCCCGGAUCCUCGGAACGAGUUGGAUGGUCGCAGACAGACGUCGAGUCCUGAGCUGACACCUUCGCAAGCCGAGGAGUGUCUGAGUGUGUUUGUCACUCAUAAACUGCCCUACAUGCCCUUGGUGUAUCUCCCGCCUGGAACGACGGCACAGCGUCUCCACAAGGAACGGCCGUUCCUAUGGCUGUGCAUUAUGGCGGUGGCGUCUAAGAGUCCGAGUCAGCGCCAUGCUUUGUGCGAUAGGAUCCGAAACACGGUGGCCCAGCGCAUGGUGCAUGAUGCUGCCGGUCGCGAUGUCGAUUUCCUACUGGGUCUCUUGGUAUACAUGGCAUGGUCCAAUCAGCAGAUCUUCAAGAAGCUCAACUUGACUGUGUACAGCCAAUUUGCCAAGGCCGUGGUCUUCGACCUCAUGCUCAACAAGCCUCCCGAGGGCGAUGGGACAUCGCUGAUGUGUCUACUCCAUACGCAUCCAGAUGAAAGUCCCUCGUCACCACCAGUCCGGACAAUGGAAGAGAGACGUGUUGUUCUGGGCUGCUUCCUCCUCACCUCCAUGUACUCCUUCCCACCCCCGAGAUACAGCAUCUCCCUCUUCCUGCAAAAGAGCGACCCCCUCCGCUGGACCCCCCACAUGGACGAAUGUCUCCAAUACCUCAGCGAGCACCCAGAAUGCCUCAACGACGAGGUCCUCGUUCAGCAGGUGCGCUUCCAGCUUGUCAACGAGAAGAUCAACACCAGUGAUUGGCACGCCGGCCUGGCAACCACCCACGAACCCCUCAAAGCCCCGAUGACAUUAUACCUCCACGCCAUCAACUCACAAUUCGAACGAGCCCAAAUCAAGCUCGCCCCUCACUCCCAACGAUACCGAAUCCUCCACCUCCACCACUCCAACACAAUCCUAACCCUUAACGAAUCCUCCCUCCUCAAACUCCCCACCCCGACCUCCACCUCGACCCUCAACUUCCAACAGCUCGAAAGCCUGCACACCUGUCUCGAGGCCGUAAACUCCUGGAUGGGGGUCUUCCUCGCCAUCCCGCCCGCCGAAUACGCCAGUUUCCCCUUCCCCGUGUUCUCACAACUCGCCCGCAACUUAGCCGCCUUGUAUAAGCUCUCUACGCUCGAAGACCCAGCUUGGGAUCGGGGUCUCGUUCGACGAACCACCGAUAUCAUGACGGUUAUGGACCGACUGAUUGGUAAUCUGGGACAGGCAGCUGCGUUGGCCAAGUUGGAGAGUGGGGAUGAGGGUGGGGAAGAGGGCGAGGAUGUGUUUUUCUAUUCGAUUGGGAAGUAUGAGUCUGUGAGGAUGAGUUGGGGGUUGAGGUUAAGCAGUGGCAGGGAUGGAGCGAUGGGCGCGGGGAUGGAGAUGGAGCAGGACGUGCAGCACCAGCAGCAGGAACUGCUGGGACAAGAUCCAGGCAUGGUCAUGGGUUUUGAUGAUUGUUUGUCGGAGUUUUUGAAUUCGAUGAUGCAGUAGUCGUAUAUUUGUCUUGCUACUGCUGAUUGCUAAAUCCUCGACUUACUAUUCUUUACAAGGUUGCAUUAUUAUGCACAUAUAUGUCAAUUCCUCAGCACAUCCAAUCAAUCCAAUC